GGGGCCGCGCGGCUGCUCUUUCAACAGGCGAUUUGUUCUCCUGUCUGGGGCUCAUUUCCAUGCAAAGAGCCUGACAUCAGAGCACCUUUUGUUGCUGAACGCCAGCCUUUGCAUCGAGGGGAGGGAGCCCUGCGCGCUCGGAAGAGCUCAUUUUGCACAGAGGGGGCCCAGGGGGCUGCUUCCUAGCUUCCUCAGACCGCCCGGGCACCCCUGCGGGCCCGGCUGGGACUUGAGAGCAGAGACGGUUCGCGUGCUUUUGGGACUGGGCUCCGGUCCCGGGCAGAGGCGCCUGUGCAGCGCGUGCGGUGGCUCGGGAGCUGCGGGCGCUCCCCGCCCCCGGCCGGGUGGUGCGCGCGCUCUGCACGGGCUCCCGGGUGCCUGCGCCGCCGCGCGCUGGGAAAGUUUGUGGAGUUGUCACCCGCGGCCUCCCCGAGCCCGAGUGCGCGCCCCCAGCAGGGAGGCCGCCGGGGGAUGCAGCGAGGGGGCGCGGCUCGUUGACGCGGAGGGCGGGCGGGGAGGGACCUGAGCCAAGGGGCCGGCGAGCGCGGCUGCGGGACCCGGAGCCCCGGGACCCGGACCCGGCGAGCGCGCGGGACGCAGCCAUGGACGACGCGGGAGCAGCCAGCCCGGGGCCCGAACCCCAGCAGCCCGCGCCCGAGCACCAGCUCGAGGGAGACGCGGGCAUGUCCGAGGCUUUCUCCCGCCUCUGGACCGACGUGAUGGGCAUCCUGGAUGGCUCCCUGGGCAACAUCGAUGACCUGGCACAGCAGUAUGCAGACUACUACAACACCUGUUUCUCCGACGUCUGUGAGAGGAUGGAAGAGCUGCGUAAGCGCCGGGUUUCCCAGGACCUGGAUCUGGAGAAACCCGAUGCCAGCCCCACGUCACUUCAGCUGCGGUCCCAGAUCGAAGAGUCGCUGGGCUUCUGUAGUGCCGUGUCCACCCCUGAAGUGGAGAGAAAGAACCCUCUUCACAAGUCAAACUCAGAAGAUGGCUCUGUAGGAAAAGGAGAUUGGAAGAAGAAAAAUAAGUACUUCUGGCAGAACUUCCGAAAGAACCAGAAAGGAAUAAUGAGACAGACUUCAAAAGGAGAAGAUGUGGGCUAUGUGGCGAGUGAGAUAACGAUGAGUGAUGAGGAACGGAUUCAGCUGAUGAUGAUGGUCAAGGAGAAGAUGAUCACGAUUGAAGAAGCACUGGCCAGGCUCAAGGAGUAUGAAUCACAGCACCGGCAGUCAGCUACCUUGGAUCCUGCCGACUGGCCAGAUGGUUGUUACCAGUCAUUUGAUGGCUCGUCAAAUUGCAACUCAAGGGAACAAUCCGAUGAUGACACUGAGGAGUCUGUGAAGUUUAAGAGGUUGCACAAGCUGGUCAACUCCACACGUAGAGUGAGGAAGAAACUCAUCAGGGUAGAAGAUAUGAAAAAGCCCAGCACUGAAGGUGGGGAAGAACAUGUGUUUGAGAGUCCUCCUGUCCUGGAUGAAAGAUCUGCCCUUUACUCUGGGGUACACAAGAAACCCUUUUCCUUCGAUGGCUCCCCUGAGAAGCCUCCGGAAGAGAGUCCUGACUCCCUCACCACCUCCCCCUCCUCCAGCAGCCUGGACACUUGGGGCGCCGGACGGAAGCUCUUCAAAACCUUCAGCAAAGGGGAGAGCCGAGGCCUGAUUAAGCCGCCAAUGAAGAUGGGCACAUUCUUCUCCUAUCCGGAAGAGGAAAAGGCCCAGAAAGUGUCCCGCUCCCUGACGGAGGGAGAGAUGAAGAAGGGGCUCGGCUCUCUGAGCCACGGGAGAACCUGCAGUUUUGGAGGAUUUGACUUGACUAAUCGUUCUCUGCAUAUUGGCAGUAGUAACGUUGACCCAAUGGGUAAAGAAGGAGAUUUUGUAUUCAAAGAAGUAAUCAAAUCACCGACUGCCUCCCGCAUCUCUCUCGGAAAAAAGGUGAAGUCGGUGAAAGAGACGAUGAGGAAGAGAAUGUCCAAAAAAUACAGCAACAGCUCAGUCUCCGAGCAGGACUCGGGUCUGGAUGGGAUGCCUGGGUCCCCUCCAUCCUCACAGCCUGACGGUGAGCGCCUGGAGAAGCCCAAGCUCAAAGCCGGCGGUUCCGUGGAGAGUCUGCACAGUUCCCUGAGCGGCCAGAGCUCCAUGAGUGGCCAGACAGUGAGUACCACGGAUUCCUCGACCAGCAACAGGGAAAGUGUCAAGUCAGAGGACGGGGACGACGAGGAGCCCCCCUACCGGGGCCCCUUCUGUGGGAGAGCCAGGGUGCAUACGGACUUCACGCCCAGCCCUUACGACACGGACUCGCUCAAGCUCAAGAAAGGAGACAUCAUCGAUAUCAUCAGCAAGCCACCCAUGGGGACCUGGAUGGGGCUGCUGAACAACAAGGUGGGCACAUUCAAGUUCAUCUACGUCGAUGUGCUGAAUGAAGAAGAGGAGAAGCCCAAGCGUCCAACCCGGAGGAGGAGGAAAGGGAGACCACCCCAACCCAAAUCCGUGGAGGAUCUCCUCGACCGCAUCAACCUGAAAGAGCAUAUGCCCACGUUUCUGUUCAAUGGCUAUGAAGAUCUGGACACCUUUAAACUGCUGGAGGAGGAAGAUUUGGAUGAGUUAAAUAUUAAGGACCCAGAGCACAGGGCUGUGCUGUUGACAGCUGUGGAGCUGUUACAGGAAUAUGACAGUAACAGCGACCAGUCUGGAUCCCAGGAGAAGCUACUUGUAGAAAACCAGGGCCUGAAGGGGUGCUCGCCUCGAGACUCGGGGUGCUAUGAAAGCAGUGAGAACCUGGAAAAUGGCAAGAACAGGAAAACAGGCCUUCUCUCUGUCAAGUCAGCGACUGAGUCCAGCCUCAAGUCUUUCCACAAGAACCAGCUGGCUGCCUACCCAACCUUGCCUCUGACCAAGUCCGUGGAUGCCCUGAAGCAGCAGGGAGAGGAGGACCGGCUGGGCAGCCCUAGCCCUCAGCCCUACCCGCCGGGGGACCAGCCUGGCACCUCAGGCUUGAGCCAAAACCGCCACAGCCUCCCCGUCUCCGUCUGCCGGAGCUGUGAAAUCCUGGAGGGGCCCGUGCCAGUGGAAGCAUGGCCCCGGUCCCAUUCCCUGAAUGACCUCCAUGGGGAGCCCGGCCAGGCGACAGCACCCCUUCCUCCUCUCCUACCGGAAGUGCCACAAAAGACCACCCCCUCUGCCACCCCCAAGGCUGCAAGCCCCCAGCAGGACUCAGCUGUUGACAAUGCAUGGCUACUGACCCAAAGCAAGAGGCUCUUGGGACCCCAGAAAGGGGCCCUUAAGAAAGUGGAAGGUUUCCUAGCAGCCACUGCAGGUGGCCCCUCAUCUCCAACCUGUUUGCCCAAAAACCAUGAUGCCCAAAUUCCUGGAGCGAAGUCCACUGUCCCAAGGACAUCUCUUGAGGGCCACCACAAAGGACUGGAGUUUGAAGGUGUUUGUCACCCCCAGGGCACCAAAGAAGGGGUGGAUGCCGAGCCGAGGGGACCCGAGGUGCGAACACAGACGAAGCAUCCCUCACAGCCGCCCCCUGUGCCCACCAAGAAGAGCAGAGAGCGCCUGGCCAACGGGCUGCCCCCUGUCCCUAUGACGCCCCCGGCGAGCCCCAGCCCCAAUGCCCCCAGCCUGCCAGUGAAAAGGGGCAGCUCCAGCGACUAUCACCCGGUACAGGUGCCCAGGUCUCCCACGGGGCAGGAGCCAGACAGCCCCUCCAGUCCGAAACCCCCACCCUGGCUCUCAGAGCUGCCUGGGAGCACCAGCCUGCAGGAGCAUGGGGUGAAGCUGGGCCCCCCAGUGACCAGGAAGGUGUCCUGUGUGCGGGGUAUCAACCUGGAGACGCUCACAGAGAACAAGCUGCAGACAGAAGGGAUCGACCUCACGGAGGAACCCUAUUCUGACAAGCAUGGCCGCUGUGGGAUUCCUGAGGCCCUGGUGCAAAGAUAUGCAGAAGACCUGGAGCGGCCGGAGAGGGACAUCGCUGCCAACAUGGACCAGAUCCGCGUGAAGCUGCUUCGGAAACAGCACCGCAUGGCGAUCCCAAGCGGUGGACUCACAGAAAUCUGCCGCAAGCCCCUCUCUCCCGGAUGCAUUUCCUCCAUGUCUGACUGGCUGACUUCCAUCGGCCUACCCAUGUACACCAGCACCCUGGCGGAAGCGGGGUUCGGCAGCCUGGGCCAAGUGCCUUCUCUGUCCCAUUCUUGCCUGGAGGAGGCUGGCAUCACGGAGGAGAGACACAGAAGCAAGCUGGUAUCUGCAGCCAGACUCUUCAAACUGCCGCCGCCAGGCCCUGAGGCCAUGUAGCUGGGCCACCUCCCUGGACUGGAGCCACCCUGUCACUGUGCUCAUGGUGAUACAACUCCUCCUCCUCUGAUGGACAUGCAGACCAGAGCUCCCGCCAGGCCCUGAGGCCAUGUAGCUGGGCCACCUCCCUGGACUGGAGCCACCCUGUCACUGUGCUCAUGGUGAUACAACUCCUCCUCCUCUGAUGGACAUGCAGACCAGAGCUCCCAGACAGGCCUGAGCGUGAGGCCGGGCCCAGACACCUCCUUGGCACAGGACAGAGAAGAAAAGCCCUCUCUCAAGGAAACAGAUAAUGUUGGUGGCUACCCCCCAAACUCUCAUUUCUCUUUUCAGGAACUCAGAAGAACUAAGAUGCCAACCAGCCACCCACCCGGCCUAUCUUUGGGUGUCAGGAUAGGGCUGGAGACUGGGGCAGCCUCUUUUUCUGAGGGUACUGGCCUUUCUGGCUGCUGACCAAGGGUCAGGUGGGCUCUUGCUAGGCCAAAGUGGCAGACAGAUUCGGGGGUGAUUGUCCAUGGCUCGCCAUGCUGAUUGGUUCCAACGUAUGAACACCUGGCUGCAUUAGGGGACAUACAAACCCAGCUCUGUUCUCCUUUAGAUAAACAAGAGACAUUGUGAUAAUUGCUUUCUUGCAAUCAGCUUUUAUUUGCCUUAAUAUAAGCUUCUAAGCAGUUACCUAGUGUUCACUGCCCUGUAACCAUACUUCCAGAACUUCAGCGUAGACUGUCCUCUGAAAUGCCUCAGAUGGCUUCCUCAGCGACAACAAAUGGUUUUUUUCUAGUUGUGUCAUUCCUAACAUGGCUUAUUUCCUAGGAGUAUUUAGCAGACUCAAAUGUCACGUUGGCUUUGGGUUUUAAAAGUCACUACAAAGUCAGGAAAAAGCGAUCUGAAAUUCACAAAGAAAUGGUGUGUGCGUGAGAGAGAGUGAAUGAUAAAUACCUUCCAUAUUUUUUUUCUAUCAGUUUAGUAUUCUUUUUGUGUCGGUUAUUGACAUUCACGAAGAAAUUGGUGUGUGUGGUACCUGCCUUCCUUUUUUUAAAUUGGCAUAGUGGGAUUUGUAUAUUGGUUAUUGCGUUGCAAUAUUUCCUUAGGCUUCUCACCAUGUCCAAUCCAAAAGUUCAGUUCUCAACUGACAGAUCUCACCUUUGUGAAAGUCAGAGUAAGGUUGCAUAUUUCACUUUGAAGAGGUUUGUCAAGCUUCUUGGUUGUUUUUUGUUUGGUUGAUUGGCUAGUUGGUUGGGGUUUUUUUCCCAGGUUUAUAGCAAAGAUUUUUUUCCCUUUCUGAUUUAGAUGAUUCUUUUAAUCCAGGUAAAGGUUCCUGGGGAGCCAGCCAAAGUCAUUAGCCAUCUACUAAGGAGUUGCCUAGUUCCAGUCAUUUCCCAGCUAAUUUCAGCAGAUCUUUCCUCAGUUAGUCUUGUUCCUGAUGUUCUCGAGAACAGAAAUUUAGACAAUGAGAUUAAGGUCACUAGUGUUUACAGCAGGAUUUGCCUUUCCGUGUUUAUUAUAAGCACAGUCGGAAAGCAUUGCAAGUGAUCAUUCACAACAGAAACACUUUGAACAGAAUGCCUUGAUCAAAAGUCCUUGGCAUCAUUUGUCAGCUCAUCUAGGCAAAUGAUUUCCCUCAGGAAACAAAGGAAUGAGUUCGUUCAUUAGAAAGCCAUCUUUAGUGUUUGUUUUAUAUUCAUGUUUUUAAGGAAAGGGACAUUCUCAGGUGAUAGGAGUUGUGGUGUUUUGUUUUGGUUUUUUUUUUUUUCAACAUUUAGGACAUUCCUGUGACCAGAGUUUGGAAGAUCACAAGGCUGCAGGUCCUGUUGUGACUAUGUGAAUGAAAUGUACAUCCUGUGGUGAAGUUGAGGUGGGGGUUGGAGAAGGUUCCAGAAAACAGCAACAAUAAAAAGCAGUCUCCCUGUGCCCCGCCCCCCCGUAGCAACCGCUGACAUUCUGAUGCUACACAUUCUGCUCAUUGUGUAAAUGCAAAAAAAAAAAAAAAAAAAGAA